AUGGCGACCUUGGAAGACGUGCUCCGUCUCCAAAAGACGUCCAAUAUCCUCACCAGCCCUCGGGAGGGCAGCAAAACGGAAAGCACCGUCAAGGCCACUACCAGCUCGACUUUGAACAUUGCUCUGCAGAACCAGACCUCGUCAAGCACGGUGUAUGCUUACAUUACUGGCCUGGCUAUCGACAACAACAACGCUCUUUUCCUCCUGCAAUCCGAUGGCCAGACUCCCUAUUAUCCGUCGUCGCCGUCUUCAACCCUGUCUCCUCUGGGAGCCAACUGUGCCAUCCCCUUGGGAGCGCCCGGUAACACGGUGACCGUAACCAUCCCGCACCUGGCCGGGGCCCGACUGUGGUUUUCGCGAGACAGCACGCUGACGUUCUAUUUGAACCCUGGUCCGGCCCUCGUAGAGCCGUCGGUGUCGAACAAGUCGGAUCCCAACUACAACGUUUACUGGGACUUUUGCGAGUUCACGUUCAACAGCGCGCAACUCUAUGCCAACAUUUCCUACGUCGACUUUGUGAGCCUUCCGAUCUCGCUGACGCUGACCAACACAUCGGGUGCCACUCAGCACGUCUCCGGUCUGCCAUCGAACGGGCUCGAUACGAUCUGUUCUGCUCUGACGGCCCAGAAUGCACAAGACAACGCGGGUUGGGAUCAGUUGAUUGUUACUCUGAAUGGGGCCAAUCUCCGGGCCCUGAGCCCGAACACGGGUAUCAUCAUGAACAGCUCGCUGUUCUCGGGAUAUUAUCAACCGUACGUGGACCAGGUCUGGUCGAAGUAUGCCAGCGCAACCUUGAGCGUCGAUACCCAGACAUCUUCCGGCACUGUUACUGGAACGGUUUCCAACGGGGUUUUGAACUUCUCUGGGGUGACGACCUAUUCUCAGCCUUCUACUGCGGACAUCUUCAGCUGCAGUAGUGGCCCGUUUGCGCCGACGGGUAAUGCAGAGAUUGAUGCCAUCACGGCUCGCCUGGCAGCGGCGUUCAACAGGUCGACUCUGUUGAUCGACAGCGAUCAACCAGACGAUGAGGUGGUGUCCACCUACUACCAGAACAGCAUCACUAAUCACUACGCGAGGAUCUUGCACGCCACCUACCUUGACGGCCGCGGCUACGCAUUCCCUUACGAUGACGUGGGCCCUAGCAAUGGUGUUGAUCAAUCAGGAAGUGUCUAUGACCCAAACCCGCAGCUGCUUACCGUUGCUGUCGGUGGUGCGAAUGCCACUGCAUCGCCGGCAGCUCCCAAGAAAAACGUCACCAGUCGGAGGCGAGUGCGGGGUUUCAUCAAACGGUUUGUUGCAAAACUGAAGACUGAGCUUGCAAGGCUGAAGUUGCGUAAAUGA